AUGAGCAUGGAGACCGCAACACAGGUCAAUGUCGACCAUGCGUUGCCGAUAUCGAAGAUCGAACAAAUAAAGGCGGAUCUGAGGGACUACUAUGGAGUUAAGGAACUUUCAGAGGAGCAAUCCGAGUCUAUCAAUCAGCACAUCAAUAUACUUGAUGCUGCUUUGAUGCAGUUUAUGAGUGAUAAUCACACUUUGGAGAAGAAGCAUGCAGAUACUCAAGAUGUCAAUUUAAAUCUGUAUCAUGGUCUGAAAAGGAUGUAUAACGACCUAUUGCAUGAGUUAGGCCGAGUUAAAGAGGAAAAAACUAACACCGAAACUACAGAUCGCAACAAUCCUUUGGAAUACAUGGCUGAUGAAUUACCUUACCAACAGACCGCACAACGGAAGGCAUAUAUUGACUCACUUAUUAUGAAAGAUGAUUACGAUGAGCAACUAAAAAGAGAAGGUACAAAGUUUCUUGAUGUAAUGGCACAACUCUCUGUUCUUGAUUCCUCCAUCGAAGAAAAUACAAAAUCAUACGGUAUGCUAGUACGCAAGCUAGGUUUUACUUUACAAGAUCUCGAUGAAAGGAUACGAAAUGGCUCGAAAGCGUUAGAAACAGAUGACAAGAUUGAUAAGCCAAUAGAUGAAAACAAUGAAGAUGAUUCGAAAGCUGAGUCAAAAGAGGAUGCUAAGAAAAAAAUAUCAUUUUCCAAAUAUUUGAAAAAAGAUGAAACUACCAAACGAUCAAGAAAUGAUGAACUAAAUGAAGAAUCAGAGCAAAAUAAAAAGUUGAAAGUAGAUGACGAUAACGGUUAUGAUAACAAUGAAAAUAUAAAUAAUGGUCUAAGACCCAUUCUCAAGAAACGGGAAAAUAACAAAUCAAAAUCAAAAUCUUCCGGUAUCAAAUUCCAAACAGAGUCAGCACUUGUAACAAUAUAUGGUGAUGGUUUACCGCAAGAUGGUUUAACAGUAUCACCAGAAGAACUUAAGAAAAUAUUGAAGCCAUUUAAACCAGGACAACCGAGGGAAUUUCCUCUGGUUGAUAAUUUACCAAACGUUAUUAAGGUACCGAAAUUAGACCUACGUUUCGAUGAGAAUGUGAAUAGUUCUGAUAUUUCAGAACUAAAAGGUGGCCCUGUACCUUGUGGGACAAGGACGCCCCUUACUUGUAGAAUAAAUUUUAAUAGGUAUAGUGCAGACUUAGAAAAACCUGCCAGAGAACCUGUCAACUUAGAUGAUGGAGAUUCGUCAAAACCUAUUAUUGCAAGAGCCUUCGGCCAGAAUAAACUGCUCUUGAGAAAAGACAGAGGUGGAUUGCCCUAUAGAAGAGUUCCUGAUGUAGUCAGAAACAACUACCCUAUAAGGCCAAGGUAG